AUAUCUAAUAUAAGUUAUUUCUUUCUAGGCCCCGACUUUGUUGUUUGUGAUGAAGGGCACAUACUGAAAAACGAAGCAUCUGCUGUUUCUAAGGCAAUGAAUUCUAUUCGAUCUAGGAGAAGAAUAAUUCUUACAGGAACACCGCUGCAAAACAAUCUUAUAGAAUAUCACUGCAUGGUUAACUUCAUUAAGGAGAAUUUGCUCGGUUCAAUUAAGGAGUUCCGAAAUCGAUUUAUAAAUCCGAUUCAGAACGGUCAGUGUGCAGACUCGACUCUGGUAGAUGUCAGAGUAAUGAAGAAGCGUGCGCAUAUUCUCUAUGAGAUGUUAGCUGGAUGUGUUCAGAGGAAAGAUUACACAGCGUUAACAAAGUUCCUCCCGCCAAAAUACGAGUAUGUUCUGGAAGUUCGGAUGACACCGAUUCAGUGCAAACUCUACCAGUACUACUUGGAUCAUUUGACAGGUGUAGGUGGUGGCAAUGAAGGUGGAAGAGGCAAAGCUGGAGCUAAACUCUUCCAGGAUUUCCAGAUGUUGAGCAGAAUCUGGACUCACCCUUGGUGUUUGCAGCUGGACUAUAUUAGCAAAGAAAAUAAGGGCUAUUUUGAUGAAGACAGUCUGGAUGAGUUCAUAGCUUCAGAUUCCGAUGAAACUUCAAUGAGCUUAAGUUCUGAUGAUUAUGCAAAGAAAAAAAAAUCGAAGGGGAAAAAGGUAAAGAAAAAAACCAGCGGAAGUGGCAGUGAUAAUGAUGUUGAAGUCAUUAAAGUCUGGAAUUCAAGAUCUCGUGGAGGUGGAGAAGGAAAUGCAGAAGAACUCAACAACCCUUCAUCUGUUACAAAAUCAGAUGAAGGCAAAGCUACAUCCUCUUCCAAUCCUGGUAGCCCAGCACCGGAUUGGUACAAAGAUUUUGUCACUGAUGCGGAUGCUGAAGUGUUGGAACAUUCUGGGAAAAUGGUGCUUCUCUUCGAAAUUCUUCGAAUGGCAGAGGAGCUUGGAGACAAAGUCCUAGUGUUUAGCCAGUCCCUAAUAUCUCUGGAUUUGAUAGAAGAUUUUCUGGAACUGGCCAACAGGGAGAAAACUGACAAAGAGAAGCCUCCUAUUUAUAAAGGUGAAGGAAAAUGGUUCAGAAACAUUGAUUACUAUCGUUUAGAUGGCUCAACUACAGCUCAGUCAAGAAAGAAAUGGGCUGAAGAAUUUAAUGAUGAAACUAAUGUGAGAGGCCGCUUGUUUAUUAUAUCCACUAAAGCAGGUUCCCUUGGAAUUAAUCUUGUGGCUGCUAACAGAGUAAUCAUCUUUGAUGCUUCUUGGAACCCGUCGUAUGACAUCCAGAGUAUUUUCAGGGUUUACCGCUUUGGGCAGAGCAAACCUGUGUUCGUGUACAGGUUUUUGGCUCAGGGAACAAUGGAAGAUAAGAUCUAUGAUCGUCAGGUGACAAAGCAGUCGUUGUCUUUCCGGGUUGUCGACCAACAGCAAGUUGAACGUCAUUUUACCAUGAAUGAACUUACAGAGCUGUACACCUUUGAGCCAGAUUUGCUGGAUGAUCCUAAUGCAGAAAAGAAGAAGAAGAGAGAUACGCCCAUGUUGCCAAAAGACACAAUUCUGGCAGAAUUGCUUCAGAUCAAUAAAGAGUAUAUAGUUGGGUAUCACGAGCAUGAUUCACUCCUGGACCAUAAGGAGGAAGAGGAACUCACUGAAGAAGAAAGGAAGGCAGCGUGGGCAGAAUAUGAAGCAGAAAAGAAGGGCUUGACUAUGCGUUUCAACAUGCCAGCUGGGACCAAUAUGCUCCCCACAAAUUUCAACUCUCAAACACCAUAUAUUCCUUUCAAUUUGGGUGCUCUGUCAGCAAUGAGUAAUCAACAGCUGGAGGACCUUAUUAAUCAAGGAAGAGAGAAAGUUGUGGAAGCAACCAACAGUGUAACUGCAGCCAGAAUUCAGCCGCUUGAAGACAUCAUUUCAACCAUAUGGAAAGAAAACGUAACACUCACAGAGAGCCAAGUACAGGCCCUGGCACUGAGCAGACAGGCAAGCCAGGAGCUUGAUGUCAAGCGCCGAGAAGCCAUCUAUAACGAUGUCCUUACUAAACAACAGAUGUUGAUCAGUUGUGUCCAGAGGAUCCUCAUGAACAGACGACUCCAGCAGCAGUACAAUCAGCAGCAACAGCAGCAGAUGUCUUACCAGCAAGCAGCAUGAGUCAUCUCAUGAUGCCAAAGCCUCCCAAUUUAAUCAUGAAUCCUUCCAACUACCAACAGAUAGAUAUGAGGGGAAUGUAUCAGUCAGUGUCUGGUGGUAUGCAGCCGCCCCCGUUACAACGAGCACCACCCCCAAUGAGAGGCAAAAAUCCAGGGCCUUCCCAAGGGAAAUCAAUGUGAUUUUGCACUAAAAGCCUAAAGGAUUGUUAAAAUCAGAGAAAGAACUUUUUAUUUUUUUAGGAAUCAAUGGCUUAACAGAACUCAACUGUAAAAAAAAAAAA